AUGACUCGUCCUAAUCCGAAACUUUUCCAGCGGGUUCAACAAGCAGAAAUGACAACACCACAAACGAGCUCACAAUCUCCAGCACCUCCAACUUAUAAUGAAGCGCUUACUUCACCUACAUCGCCUCCACCUACACAACUAACUCCUCCAAAAAAUACUGCUCCUCCACCGCCACAGCCUCAGCCUCAAAUUGCGCACACCCAAGGCGGUGUCGCUUACAUUGUGAAUCCAAAUCCACAACCGGUGCUGGUAACCACUCGAGAUGUAAUGAUCAUCAAAAAUGCCUAUACAUUCCAUCCUUAUCCCGAAUACUGUCCAAAAUGCCAGACUAUAGUUACCACCCGUCGAGUUUGGGUUUCUGGAUCGUGUGCUUGCACAGUGCUGAUUCUGGCCUUGUGCUUACCAUUCCUUUGGCCAAUGCUGUUCUUUUUGUGCACACCAGCCUUCAAAGACGCCCACCAUUACUGCCCCAAUUGUCUCACCCUUCUCGCAAUCAGAAGACGAUAAUUUGCUAUCUUACUGAUGAUAAGAACGGACUACCUCAGCGAUCACCUGCUCAUCACAAUAAAUACUUG